GAGGCUCUCGGAAAUCCUUCACACCUUUUGAAGACACUUCCUGUGGCAGAGAAAAGAGGUAGUGAGCUGGAGUCUCAGGAUGUGAGGCCCGCGGAGACUCCGGGUGCUCUCUGCCACCCACCUGCUGCAGCCGCCGGUCCUCAUGGUGGGCAGCCCCUGCAGCGGGCCCCCCGAACCCCUCCAGCAUGCCAGGGAAGCCCAAGCACCUGGGCGUCCCCAACGGGCGCAUGGUUCUGGCUGUCUCCGAUGGAGAACUAAGCAACACGAAGGGCCCCCAGGGCCAAGGCGAGAGCCGGGGAAGUUCCCUCAGCAUCCACAGUCUUCCCAGCGCUCCCGCAAGCCCCUUCCCCAGUGAGGAACAGCCUGUAGCCAGCUGGGCCUUAUCCUUCGAGCGUCUGCUGCAGGACCCUGUGGGGCUGGCAUAUUUCACUGAGUUCCUGAAGAAGGAGUUCAGUGCCGAGAACGUGACUUUCUGGCAGGCCUGCGAGCGCUUCCAGCAGAUUCCAGCCAGCGACACCGAGCAGCUAGCUCGCGAGGCUCGCAGCAUCUACCAGGAGUACCUGUCGAGCCAGGCGCUGAGCCCCGUGAACAUCGAUCGGCAGGCCUGGCUGGGUGAAGAAGUGCUCGCAGAGCCAAGGCCAGACAUGUUCCGGGCACCGCAGCUCCAGAUCUUCAACCUGAUGAAGUUUGACAGCUACGCGCGCUUCGUCAAAUCUCCGCUGUACCGCGAGUGCCUCCUGGCCGAGGCCGAGGGCCGCCCCCUGCGGGAGCCUGGCUGCUCCGGCCUCUGCAGCCCUGAAGCCACCAGGAAGAAGCCAAAAUUAAAGCCUGGAAAGUCGCUGCCUCUGGGCGUGGAGGAGUUGGGGCAGCUGCCUGGAACUGAGGGUCCUGGGAAUCGCCCGCUUCGGAAGUCCUUUCGUAGGGAAUUGGCAGGGGGGGCGACCAGCCUGCGCCGAGAAUCCCAGGGUUCCCUCAACUCCUCUGCUAGCCUGGACUUGGGCUUCCUUGCUUUUGUCAGCAGCAAAUCUGAGAGCCACCGGAAGAGCUUGGGGAAUUCCGAAGGGGAGAGUGAAGGCCGGUCACCAUCGGGAAAGUAUUGCUGCGUGUAUUUACCUGAUGGCACGGCAUCCUUGGCACUGGCCCGCCCAGGCCUCACGAUCCGUGCUAUGUUGGCAGGCAUCUGUGAGAAGCGAGGUCUCUCCCUACCUGACAUCAAGGUCUACUUGGUGGGCAAUGAACAGAAGGCCUUGGUCCUGGACCAGGACUGCACCGUGCUGGCCGACCAGGAAGUGCGGCUGGAGAACCGGAUCACUUUCGAGCUGGAGUCGCCGGCGCUGGACCGCCUGGUCCGCAUCUCCGCCAAGCCCAGCAAGCUGCUGCGGGAGGCGCUACAGCCCGUCCUGACCAAGCACGGCCUAAACCCGCAGCAGGUGGAGCUGCGCAGGCCAGGUGAGAAGGAACCGCUGGACCUCGAGAAUCUGGUCAGCACAGUGGCAACCCAGAGGCUGCUUUUGGACACACUCCCAGGCGUGAAAAUCCCCGAGCCCCGCACUUCUUCCCCAGGCCACCACCAGGGUGGCCCGCCACGAAGUCAGACUAAGGCCUCCCACUCUCCCACACCCAACUCGCUGGCCGAGGUGCCCGGUGGUGCCGCUGGGAGACGGCAGACCUGUGACAUUGAAGGCCUGGUGGAGCUGCUGAACCGGGUACAGAGCAGUGGGGCCCACGACCAGAGAGGCCUCCUGCGCAAGGAGGACCUGGUACUCCCAGAAUUUCUGCAGCUGCCCGGCUCCCCCAAGCCACCACAGGCUGAAUCAGCCACCUCGGACUCCUCUGCCCACUCGGCCCUCUGACAGCUCUGCUGCAAUCUGGGCCGGCUGCAUGGCACCGGGUGGGCCCAGCAUGCCUCCGACCCGCCUUGCAUGCCCUGCCUGCGUGUUCUCAGCCCCUGCCCUGCCCCAGCAGAGCUGGGUAGCAGCAGAGGAGGGGGGUCUGAGGAGCCACACACCCUGCGGUGACCAGGGUGGCGGGCUGAAUCCCUAGGACAGGUGCCUGACAGGACCGGGGAGGUGUUGGCAGUGCCAGCCUCCCUUCUGCCAGGCCUUCUCAGUGGCAGGAGAGGGGCAGGC